AUGGAAGACUUUCUCGCUGGCCCCAAACCAGAAGCCGGCCUCAUCUCCAGCUGCUUCACACAAAUCUUAGAUCCAUCUGCUUCACCGGAUCUCAUUGCUCAUUUCCUCACAAAGCUACAUGAGACAAAGCUUGAUAGGCAUCCAGAUGUCAUUGCCGCUGCUGUUCUUGUGUUGCGUGAUGCUGCAUUGAAGUGGCAUAUUGACAGCACGCAUACACGCAAAGAUGCACAUCCAGUCUGUGUGGAUAUUGUCGGCACUGGCGGGGAUGGUCAUAACACGUAUAAUGUCUCCACGACUGCUGCUGUUGUUGCUGCAGGUGUCCCUGGAAUUCGUGUCAUCAAGCACGGCAACAAGGCUUCUACCUCCACUUCAGGAUCAGCUGAUGUCCUCAAGUCGUAUGGUUGUGAAUUACUCCUCCAGCCUCAGCAUAUCCCAUCCCUCACAAGUCCUUUUACGUUUCUACUAGCUUCUAUUUGGCACCCAGCGCUUGCGCGCGUAGCACCGGUCAGGAAAACCCUCACGCACCCAACCAUCUUCAACAUCCUCGGCCCACUCCUCAAUCCAGCACCGAUCGACGCACGCAUCAUUGGAGUUCACUCACCGGAACUUGGCCGUGUCUUUGCAGAGAGUUUCGCAAAACUCAAUCCACAUGGUCGUUGCAUGAUUGUGUGCGGUCGGGAACGACUCGAUGAACUCUCACCGGCCGGAGAGACGGAUUGUUGGAUCUAUACGCCAGAGUCGGGGAUCGUUCAGGACAUUCAGACACCUGAGCAAUUUGGCUUGAGUCGGCAUCCGCUGAGUAGCGUGGCGGGUGGUUCACCUGCGGACAAUGCAACGACGCUGGCUGAGAUUUUGGAUGGCAAGCGAGAGGCAGGGGAUGCAAUCUUGGACUAUGUCUUGUUGAAUUGUGCGGCACUCUUGGUGAUUGCUGGCGUCACGAAAGAUAAACGAGCUGCUGUUGGGUUGGCCAGGGAGAGUAUUGCUUCAGGUAGGGCAAAGCAGGCGCUGGAUACGUUUCGCGAUGAAAGCACAGCUGCUGCGUCGCUAUGA